CACCUUGUCGAUGGUCCCUAGCGCCCGGAACUGCAGACUGCGGUCACUCCUCGCUGUUCCUCUGGUGCUGAUUUCAGCCUCAUCAAGCACGUCGACCAAGGGCGCCCCAUCCACCAAGUAGAAGCAUGGCGGGCCGGCUAGCUUCGGUGCCGGAGGGUACCACAGCCACAGACGUCUCGGCUGCUCCCUGCCCAGCGAGCAACCCCUACCGCGACUCGAUCCGGGGCGUCGCUCUUCCCCGAGGUCAGUACAUCAGAUCGAAUCUGUUCACCCACUCCGGUCAUAGCGGGUCCAGCUUCUCUGGUGCUUCGAGUUAUUACCCGUCCAACGACUCCGGCUCAUCCUCGGGUUGGGCGUCCGCUGCCGCCGCUGCGGACUUGGGCACUCAGGAACUCACGGUGAUCUCUUACCGUAUGGUCACCGACGGAUACACCCAGCGCAUGGUCCAAGCAUUCGAGUACGGUGGUGACCCAGACCGUGCGCUGGAGAUUUGGUUCUUCGAGCUCGACGUUGACUGGGUUCUCCAAAUGCGUGAGCAACAUGUUUUACGGCGGGAGCUCCCGGACAUGUCGGCGUCAUCGCUGCAAGACUUGGUCGGGAGAUGGAUUCGAGCUCUCACCGUAAUAGUCUUCAAUAUCAGAAAUCUGGCCGUCGCUGUUCACAAGAUGCCGCCUAUUGCAGUGGCACAGUUUGGUAAAGCAAGUGUUUCUGCAAUGCUCGUCUUCGUCAACGCUAUCCUGACUGUUCCCAAGACACACAAGCUUCGGGCUGUGGUAGACAUGUUCAUCUGUGUCUCGAGUGUAUCAUACUACAUGUUUACCACACUCGUGAUCUCUCCCGAAGCGAAAAGCAUUUUCAGCGAGAUAGGCGGCUCAUUGGAGGGGGAAGGAAACACGUUACUCAAGGCCUUAUGCAGCAUGAUGGAGGAGGUCAGAACAUUCAUCGAGGACGACGACUCGUGGGCUGUCGAGAUUCUGCAAGGAAGAGGCGAGGUUCACAGGAACACUCGGUUGAUGGUGGAUUGCAUCAUGUCCAUGAAAAUGACAUGCACCUCGGCACGGAGACACAGCAGUGCAAACCUUCGUGGCCUGGUAGAUUACUCCGUUGAUUAUCUGAAGGAUGUGCUCCUGAGAAAAUCUGAGCUAUGCCCGGAUCUAAGCAUGAGGUACCUGUUCUUGCUCAACAAUUCCUAUUUCAUAGUGCAGGUGUCUGAGCCAUCGGGAGACAACCAUGGAAUUAAGCUUACACCUGAAUGUGAGAAGUACAUGGAUAGUUAUCUUGAUGCUUCUUGGGGGCAUGUGCUGCCAUGCAUAUCGAAAUCAAAUUUUCCUGGAUUGCUCUGUUGUUGGAUCAACACCUCUUCGCAUACUAAAUUCGAGUCAGCGUUUUAUCAAACUUACAAUGCUCAGAAGUUCUGGAAGGUCCCGGAUCCUCUGCUCAGAGAUGCGCUGCGGAUAGCGAUCACCAAGAGAGUUAUUUCAGGUUACCACAACUACCUGGAUGAGCAUCCAGAGCUAAAGAAACAGGUUCGCCGCGAAAGUAGCGGUCUUGAUGUUUUGAAGGAGAUGUUGGGACAGAUAUUCGAGGGAUGAAAGCUGCUUGAGAAAUCGGACAUAGUCAACCGCCAAAUAAGAGGCUGGACUUAUCUUUCGUUGUUGUAUGCACAUGUUUCUUUCGUUCUGAAGUGAACUCGUAUUCUCU